CGGCAGGAGGACUCAGCCGGGAUGCCAUGGAAUGGAGAAAGAGUUACCUGGAUCUUGUUCUUGUUCCAUCAAGCCUUCUUCUCCAUAUCCUGUAUCACUGUUGGCUGUGGCGUAAGGUUCGAUCACAGCCACUUCGCACGGUAAUAGGGAUCAACUCCGCCGGGCGUCGCCACUGGGUGCUGGCCAUCAUUAAAGACAACGACAAGAAGAACAUCCUCGCGGUGCAGUCGAUAAGGAACGCCAUCAUGGCCUCCACCCUGAUGGCCACCACCUCCAUCCUCCUCUGCUCGGGCCUCGCCGCCGUCAUCAGCAGCACCUACAGCAUCAAAAAGCCUCUCGACGACGCGCUGUUCGGCGCCCACGGGGAGUUCAUGGUGUCCCUGAAGUACGUCACGCUGCUGCUCAUCUUCCUCUUCGCCUUCCUCUGCUACUCCCUCUCCAUAAGGUUCGUCAACCAGGUGAACUUCCUCAUCAACACUCCUUGCUGCGGCCACGAAGGCUCGCCGGUGACCCCGCAAUACGUGUGUGAUCUCCUGGAGAAGGGCUUCUUCCUCAACACCGUGGGGAACAGGCUGUUCUACGCUGCACUUCCGCUCCUGCUGUGGAUAUUUGGUCCAGUCCUGGUGCCCUUGUCCUCUCUCGCCAUGGUUCCCAUACUGUACAACCUUGAUACGGUGUGCGAGAAAGGGAAGCGUGGCUUUGGUGUCGAAGCCGAGGAGACGGAUGACGCCAACAUGGGAGUGUAAUGCAUGGCACGGUUGAAGGGUUGCCAUUAAUCUGCCAUAUGUUGAUGGUGUUACAGUAUUCCUCUUUAUGAUGUCAAAUCAAUCUUAGAGAUAUUUCAUUUGUU